UGUGUGUGAGUGAGUGUGCACGUUCGGUCGCCUGUUUGCUACGCGCCUUAUUAUGCAGGGAAUGGGGAAAACGGAGCGAGGAGAGCAGGGCCGAGACAUCGACCUGACAUCGCUGAGAUCCACCAUGCCAGCCGGCGGCCCUCUGCAGGGAGGCUCGACCUCCAACCUGAACAUGAACCUGUACGCCACCAAGAAGACGGCAGCAGAGGGGAUGCUGGACAUCGCUCUGUUCCUGGCUAACAUCACCCACAUGAAGACCGUCAUCGAGCAGGGAGCUGGAUACAGGUACUACGCUGCAGUGCUGACACUCAUUUCCUUCUCCCUGGCUCUUCAGAUCGUGGCUGGAGUCCUGAUCAUAAUAAUAGCUCGUCUGGAGCUGACCGUCCUCCAGUCUUGUCGGCGGUGGUUAAACUGCCUGAACAACCUGGUUACCGGCAUCAUCUUCCUCACCUUCAUUGUCAACAUCAUAAAAGCAGCUUUCGGCACGCAGCGCAGCUGCUUCCUGCGAUGGCUCCUCCAGCGCUUCAUUCUAUGAGACACACUUCACAGAUAUUGCCCGCAGGGACCUAAACCUGGUGUCCAAUCAGAAACGACUCGACUACCUGAACAACCUCGCCACAGG